CGCUUCCUCAGUGAGCAGCGCCUCCCGGGCCCAGAGGAGUCUGUAAGGGGCUCCGGUGGAUGUUGGUUAACACCGUCACAAAACGCUCAGCCUGACCCACGCGCAGGGCUGUCCUCCCCCCAGGAAGGGGGCCUGGGGAGAGCACCAACCAGGGCCUGGAUCCGCGGGUACCGGGAGGGGCCACCGGGAAGCCGGCGCAGGGCACUGCAUGCGACACCGCUUCCCGCUCCGCUCCUCAAUUUGCGGCGCUGUCGUAAAGACGCGGACCGGGAGGCGCGGCGUUGCUUUACGGCCGAUGCCGUGUUCCGCGCUCUGAUUGGCUCCGCCGGGCCGCGGCGCGCUCUGAUUGGCCCCGCGCGGGGCCGGGGGCGGUUUGAGCGGUAGCGCCCGGCGCGGUGGCGGCUCCGCAACUGAGGCACGAUGCUGCCCCUGUCCCUGUUGAAGACGGCGCAGAACCACCCUAUGCUGGUGGAGUUGAAGAACGGAGAGACGUACAACGGGCACCUGGUGAGCUGUGAUAACUGGAUGAACAUCAACCUGCGGGAGGUCAUCUGCACGUCCCGGGAUGGAGACAAGUUCUGGAGGAUGCCAGAGUGCUACAUUCGUGGCAGCACGAUUAAAUACCUGCGUAUCCCUGAUGAAAUAAUUGACAUGGUGAAAGAAGAGGUGGUGUCCAAGGGCAGAGGCCGUGGUGGGAUGCAACAGCAGAAGCAACAGAAGGGCCGUGGUGUUGGAGGUGCUGGACGAGGUGUGUUUGGUGGCCGUGGCCGAGGAAUACCAGGCAGUGGAAGAGGCCAGCAGGAAAAAAAGCCAGGCAGACAAUCGGCAAAGCAAUGAGAGGUUGUCUGCGCCUUGGCCGAGGACAGUGCUGCACCGCUGUUUGGUUUUGUCACCUCAGGAUUGCCAUGUGUUCAAAAGCAUUACCUUUCUACUCUUCCGCCAGUUGAUCAGUGCCCGAAUCGUGUCGUUUGGAAGCCCCUCGCAAUUUAAUCUGGUAAAGGGGAGUUAUUUGCUCCUUGUAGUCAACAAGUCAUUGGCAAUACUUAAAAAAAAAAAAAAGUCAUUCAUGGGUAAGGACUGAAGUUCUGCCUUCUCCUGAGGGUGAAAAUACUAUUUAAUUUUUCAGGGUCACCAGGUUUAAUUUAAAAGAUCAUCCUGUACAGUGGUAUAAGAACGAAGGCACACACUUUCUGGAUUGGUUGGAUAUUUUUUUUUUUUUAACACUUGAAACUUGGGAAACUUGUCACAUUUGUAACAGGUGCAAGUGUUUUGGUUUAAAAACACUGAACUUUGAGGAUGUUGUAUCUUUACACGAAUAGUCUUAAGGGUUUGGGUUUGUUUUUUUUUAAAAAAACAACAAACUUUUAAGCUAUUGCUUAUCUUCUUUUUCUGGCCAGCUAGUUCUGUCUCCUGUCUUCUGGCUUGAAGGAGAACUUAGGAUGAACAUUGCAUUGGCCUUCAAGGGUUCUUUCCAAGGGAGCUUUGUGAUAAAAGGUUUUCCCAGUUAGUCUAUUACUAAUUUGACUUCAGAUUAGAGGUUUCCUUUACAGGAAAGGGUUUUCUGUGUUUUCUUGCAGAAGGCCGAUGUGCCCCUUAGUCUUCAUGGGUGGAUAAUUUUUUUUUUUCUGAAAAGCAACCUAGCUGCUGAUUUUAUUUUUUUUUUCUCCCCGCUUUGAAAAUUCUCUCCCUUGUGCCUGUGACACAAAGUCCUCCUGAACCCUGACAGUAUUUCUCAAGCUUAUUUCUUCUGGUACCUAGCGACUGACUUCACUAUACGUACUUGUCAUUCCCUUUUCUAGUCACUGAUUAUCCUUCCCUGGGGACACAGACCAGUGUGUGAGCAUGUCCCCCAGACCAGUGUGUGAGCAUGUCCCCCCACCCCUGUAAGUUAAAGCUCUCGUGAAUUCCCAGGUCGGGUUGAUCCAGUCUUCCAUCCCACGGGGUGCCAGGGUCCCAGGAGCAAAAUGCACCCGCAAAAUAUCCUGGCUGAAUUGAAUGGGAUGCCUGCAUGGGGGCACAGGGGGAAGCCAGAGGCUCUGGCUGUGCCUCAACCCCCUGAAAGGAUGAAAUAGCUUCAUUUUAGGGGACAAGCUGAUAUUGUGACUUCUUCUGAAUGGAUUUUUUGAGUUUGGUUUGGUUUUGGUUUGCAACCUAUUUUGAAUUCCUGUAUUGAAGCCUACUCUGCCAUCACCACUGUGUUGAAAAUGAGUAAAGAACAUGCUUUUAUAUA